AUGACGUUGAGAAGGUUGGUUGCUUUAGAUUUUAAUUAUAUUCUUGAGAAGGCUGCCUCUAAACUUAAUGUUUGGGGUAAUAAAUUGAUUUCGCUAGCUGGUAAAUUUGUUCUAGUCAAAUUUGUUUUGGUGGCUUUACCAGUUUUUGUGGCAACCCACUCAUUGGUUCCAAUGAGUGUUCUUAAAGAAGUGGAUAAUGCGGCUAGGAGCUUCAUUUGGGAUAGAAGAGGAGGACUUCACGGCCUUCAUUAUAUGUCUUGUGAAAAAAUGUGCAAAACCUGGAAGGAGGGGGGCCAAGGAAUACAUUCGGUGGCUGCUGUGACUGGUUCCCUUAGAGCAAAGUUUCCUAGGAAAUUUUUAAAGGGAGAAGAGUCUUUGCUGAAUAGGACUUUGUUAGCAAAGUGGAAAUUUGCAACAGGAAAGUCGUUAGACAUAAUGAAGGACGUAUGGAUUCUAGUCAUAAGUCUAGAUAAAUGGCCAACAUUUAUUGUUGUGGGGAAUUUUGAAUUUCCAUCACUUGAGAACUUUAAUUCUAAUGGUUGUUGGAAGGAACAUUUGCUAAAUAAAUUCUUUGGGGAGGCUCUCAUGGAGUUGAUUAUGCAUAUAGAAAUAUUUCCAGAUCAAAACAAAUAUAUGUUGGAGUUGAGACAGAGAUUCUCGAGCAAGAGUAUAGUAGUGAUGGCUUCUUAUUCUUAUGGGAAUAAUGAACCAGUUGAGUAUGGAAGUUGGCUGAAAAAGUUACACCUCAAUCCUAAAAUUGAAUGUUUUUGGUGGCGACUUCUUAAUGAUGCAUUACCAACGAAUGGUUUUCUAAUGUAUCAGAGGCUACUGGGUCAACGUUUAUGCCCAAGAGGAUGUAAUGAACCGGAAAAUGCUGAUUAUGUUAUGGUUCAAUGCUUGAAACUGAAGCAAGAAAUUGGUGUGCUGAAGAAUUGGGGUUUCCCUGUGCCGGAUUUCACUUAUGCUAAUGACUAUAAGUUGAUAUUGAAAAAAUUAGUGGAACACAAUAACUCCAUUGCAAAUUUAUAUUGUUCUCUAGUUUAUUUCUCAUGGAAGAGUAGAAAUUUAUUCAAACAUGGAGAACAAGAACUAAGUUUGAAUUAUAUAGCAUCGAGUGCUAUUAGUUAUGCAUCUAUCUCAAAAUCUAAUCUGUUCUUGGAUCACUGGAGUGCUAACCAGCCAGAUAGGCUGUUCUCUCAUUGGCACCCCCCUCCUCCAGAAUGGAUUAAGGUUAACUUGGAAGUGGAUUUAAUUAGUUAUUACAAUGGAGGCAUUGGUGGAAUUGUCAGAGAUUCUGAAGGUAGAUUCUUACUUGCCUUUGGAAUUAAUUUCACUCAUUGGGACAGUGGAUUGUUGGAGUUGUUGGCGGUUUAUUCAUUGAAGAAAUUCAUGUUUGAUUGGAUGUUGGAGGCAAAGGGCUUUAUUAUUGAAGGCAAAGGGCUUCAAUAA